AGCAACUCGGACGCUUCCAAACGCCGGAGUGGUUCCUAUAGCAACAACAAAGCGGAAGUAAGGGCCUGCGACCGGAAGCGGAAGUUCCAAUCAGAAACUCUGACUGGGUCUUGUUGGGCGUUCGUGCUGCAAGAUGGACACACCCCCGGUCUCGGGUACAGACUCGGAUUCUGAUGAUUCUCUUGUCACAGACCGAGAGUUGCAGGACGCGUUUUCCCGAGGGCUCCUGAAGCCAGGCCUCAAUGUCGUGCUAGAGGGGCCGAAGAAGGCCGCUAACGACGUGGCUGGCCUGAAGCAGUGUUUGGCUGAAUUCAAGCGGGAUCUGGAAUGGGUUGAAAGACUUGAUGUGACUCUGGGUCCAGUGCCAGAAGCCAGUGAACUUCAGUCAACUCUUCAGAACAAGGAUCAGAAAGCUGUUGACGCAGAAGAUGACUUCCAGCGGGAGAUGAGCUUCUACCGCCAGGCUCAAGCCGCAGUACUGGCAGUGCUACCCCGCCUCCAUCAGCUCAAAGUCCCUACCAAGCGACCCACUGAUUAUUUUGCAGAGAUGGCCAAGUCUGAUCAGCAGAUGCAGAAGAUUCGACAGAAGCUGCAGACUAAACAGGCUGCCAUGGAGAAGUCUGAAAAGGCUAAGCAACUACGAGCACUUAGGAAAUAUGGAAAGAAGGUACAAACAGAGGUUCUUCAGAAGAGGCAGCGGGAGAAAACACAUAUGAUGAAUGCCAUUAAGAAAUACCAGAAAGGCUUCUCUGAUAAACUGGAUUUCCUUGAGGGAGAUCAGAAACCCAAUGCACGAGGCACAAAGGAAAAAGCUAAAGGCCAGCAGAUGAAGAAGGGACCCAGUGCCAAACGACGCUAUAAAAACCAGAAAUUUGGUUUUGGUGGAAAGAAGAAAGGCUCCAAGUGGAACACCCGUGAGAGCUAUGAUGAUGUAUCUAGCUUCCGGGCCAAGACAGCUCAUGGCAAGGGUCCCAAGAAGCCUGGAAAGAAAGGAUCAAAUAAGAGACCUGGGAAACGGACAAGAGAUAAAAUGAAGAACAGAACACGUUAAGCAGCGUCUUUAUUUACAAAACACAAGAAAAAAGGGGAAAGACAACUGUGGAAUUUUACAAUACCUUUGGAUCUCUGUUGGUUUCUUUUUGUAUAAAAAAUAAAUCUUUAAAUAAACUAAAGAAAA